AUGGUGACGGGCUCGGCGCGGGGCUCCCGCAGCCGGGACCGAGCCGCGCCGGCCCCCUGCCCGUCGGCGGGCGGGCGGCGCGGCGGGGCGGCGGCGGCGGCGGUGCUGGCGGGGCUGUGCGCCCUGUGCUACGGCAACUCCCUGAGGGGCGAGUUCGUGCACGACGACGUCUGGGCCAUCGUGAACAACCCCGACGUGAGGGCGGCCGCCCCCGUGUCCGCCGCCUUCGCCAACGACUUCUGGGGCAAGCGCAUGGCCGAGAACACCAGCCACAAGUCCUACCGGCCCCUCUGCGUCCUCACCUUCAAGUUAAACAUACUGCUGGCUGGCAUGAACCCCUUGUAUUUCCACGCAGUGAAUGUAAUUUUACACUGCCUGGUGACUCUUGUGCUGAUGUACACGUGUGACAAAGCUGUGUUCAAGGACUGUCGCCUUGCCUUUGUCACGGCGCUCUUCUUCGCUGUGCACCCCAUUCACACCGAGGCUGUAACAGGUAUAGUAGGCAGAGCAGACGUCCUGGCCUGUCUACUCUUUCUGUUGGCUUUUCUCUCCUAUAAUAGGAGUGUGGAUCAGCUUUAUGUUGGGGAACAUUUCCCUCCCACUGCCUCCCCAUUCUUUUUGCUGCUUAGUUUAUUCCUUGGGACGUGUGCAAUGCUGGUGAAAGAAACUGGAGUCACUGUGUUUGGUGUGUGCUUGGUUUAUGACUUCUUUUCCCUCUCCUACAAUGGACUCAAAUUGGGGAACGGGGCCAUUCCCCAGAGGCCCUCCCGGCCGCCCGUGCCCGCUCCGUGGGGCUCAUCGCUGUCCGGCCGGGAGAACGGGAAGCAGCAGCAGCAGCAGCAUCGCUGUGCCCAGCGCGGCGCCUGGAGCUCCUGCCACCCGCCCGGGCCCCGCGAGCAGCCCAGCCUGCCCGUGCCCUGCAGGGCCAUCUGGGCCAUCCGCAGCUACCUGACUGCAAAUAACAACCAGAAUUUCUUGUAUACUGCGAGGCCUUUUUUGAAGAGAGCUGCUUUGGUGAUAAGCUAUGUGAUCCUCGUGCUGUAUUUCCGCCUCUGGAUAAUGGGAGGUUCCAUGCCAAUGUUUUCAGAGCAGGACAAUCCAGCCUCAUUCUCACCAUAUUUACUGACAAGGUUUUUAACUUAUUCCUACCUUCUGGCCUUCAACGCGUGGCUGCUGCUGGCGCCCAUCACCCUGUGCUACGACUGGCAGGUGGGCAGCAUCCCUUUGGUGGAGUCCAUCUGGGAUGUCAGGAACUUGGCCACGCUGUUCCUGCUGCUGGUGAUGACAUUGCUCAGCCUACACUGCAUUGCUGCAUUCAAGAAACUGGAACACAAAGAAGUUUUGGUUGGCUUGUUGUUCCUGGUUUUCCCAUUCAUCCCAGCCAGCAACCUCUUCUUCAGGGUGGGAUUUGUGGUGGCAGAGCGAGUCCUUUACAUGCCGAGUAUGGGGUACUGCAUCCUUUUUGUCCACGGUCUAAAAAAGCUGUCUACGUGGCUAAAUAAAUGGAGAAUUACUGUUCCAACCCUCUUUGCUUUGCUGCUGCUGCUCUUCUCUUGGAAGACCGUGAAACAGAAUGAGAUCUGGCUGUCACGAGAAUCCCUUUUCAGCUCAGGAGUGAAGACCCUGCCCCACAACGCCAAGGUGCACUACAACUAUGCCAAUUUCCUGAAAGACCAAGGCCGAAAUGUUGAAGCAAUCUACCACUACAAAACUGCUCUCAAGCUGUACCCGCGUCAUGCAAGUGCUCUCAACAACCUGGGGACGUUGACCAAAGACGUGGUGGAGGCCAAGGACUACUACAGACGGGCCCUUCAGCUCAACCCCCAGCACAACCGAGCUCUCUUCAACCUCGGCAACCUGCUCAAGUCCCAAGGGAAGAAGGAGGAAGCUGUAAUCUUGCUGCGGGACUCCAUUAAGUACGGCCCAGAGUUUGCAGAUGCUUACUCAAGCCUGGCCUCGCUGUUGGCUGAGCAGGAACGGCUCAAGGAGGCUGAGGAGGUCUAUAAGGCUGGCAUAGAGAAUUGUCCAGAGAGCUCUGACCUGCACAACAACUACGGCGUUUUCCUGGUUGACACUGGGUCUCCUGAGAGAGCCAUGUCCCACUACAGGCAGGCCAUCCUCCUGAGCCCUGCUCACCACGUGGCCAUGGUGAACCUGGGCAGGCUUCACCGCUCCCUGGGGCAGAACAAAGAGGCUGAAGUGUGGUACAAAAGGGCGCUGAAGGUGUCCAGGAAGGCGGAGAUCCUGUCCCCGCUGGGGGCUCUGUACUACAACACGGGGCGCUACGAGGAGGCGCUGCAGGUGUACCGGGAGGCGGCGGCGCUGCAGCCUUCCAGCAAGGACACCCGGCUGGCGCUGGCUCAGGUUCUGGCCAUGAUGGGGCGGACGAAGGAGGCGGAGAAGAUGACGAACCACAUCCUUAACGAGGAUGCAGAGUGCCUGGAGUGCUACCGCCUCCUGUCAGCCAUCUACAGCAAGCAGGAGCUCUAUGCCAAGGCACUUGAAGCUAUAGAAAAAGCGCUUCAGCUAAAACCAAAGGAUCCAAAAGUCAUAUCAGAGCUCUUUUUCACUAAAGGAAACCAGCUAAGAGAACAGAAUCUCCUUGACAAGGCUUUCGAGAGCUAUAAACGGGCUGUGGAGCUCAACCCAGACCAAGCACAGGCCUGGAUGAAUAUGGGAGGCAUUGAGCACAUCAAGGGGAGCUACAUCACUGCCCGUGACUACUACGAGAAAGCCUUGCAGCUGGUUCCAAACAGCAAGCUGCUGAAGGAGAAUCUGGCCAAGCUGGAUCGCUUGGAGAAACGGUUUCAAGAAGUCCAGGAGAAAGACCAAACAUAGCAAUCAGUCACCAGCAGGAGGACACUCUUGCCCCUUGGAGAAGAGUGUGGUGGAAGCCUGUUGCUCAAAGUGAUGCUGAAAGAGCUUUGAUAGGACUCAGAAUUAUGGAAGGCAAACUUGGAAUGCAUACUUAGGUUCAAUCAAAGUUACAGGAUCCUACGGGAUCCUUGGGUCCUGUGGGAUGUGCUGGAGCAUGAAUGAAAACCUUCCUUUAAUCAAGAUUUACACCUAGGCUGUUCUAGUCACACCAGGAGUGUGGGUGGGACAUGCACCUUCAGUAUCUUGGUUGUCACCAGGGAAACCAUGGAGACAAGGCACUCAUCCAUUGCAGCAGGGGUGAAGGAGCACCUCCUGUUCCUCCACACACAGGCUCACCUCAUCCAUGUAGAGCACCACUGAUGGGCUUCAUUGCAAGUGCUGCAGACAGGAAAGAUGGUCAUAAUGGUCACAUAAAAAAGGUUCCAAGGGGUUAAUGCUGAGGAAAUGGUGGUCGCUUUUACAGCUCCAAAUGGGACUUGAAAAUUACUCUAAAGAAAGGGGAAACUAUUUAAAUGUCACCCUGGAAGGAUGAUUCUACAAGUAGGACAGAUGAUCCUUUGAGGGAAAACCUAGCCUGAAUGUUUUAUUCAUUAGACAAUAAUUUUGUGGUAAUUCAGGUUCAUGAUGUCACUUUUGUCAAAUAUCAUAUGGCUUUACCCUUUGCCCUCUCCCUCCAGGCCAAAUAAUUAUUACUCUGAAAAAAACUGAAGCAUCCAAAGGCAAUGGGAAGCUCUAGGAUUACUUGUCCUCCUGCUCAGUCCCCAGUAUGGAAAACAAACAACCUAUCUAAUCAAUAUAGGAGGUAAAGUAAAGCCACAGGGAGAUUAGGGAACAUUUCCUAGCCUGGAAAGGUACGAAGGAGGCUCUUUUAUGGAUGUGCAGGGACAAAGCCCAUUUAUCAUGGUGAUAACACUGACAAAAUACUUGGCCAAAGUGUUCUCACCACUCCCCUAAGAGAUACAGAAAAUGACCUAUAGCUGAUCAGUCAUAAAUCUAUAUUUUUAAAUACUGAUGUGGGAAAACAGAUUCUCUUCAGAACUGAGGCUUUUAUUUUUGAGCUUUAUUUAUUUAACUUAUAAUAAUCAAAUAAUUAAUAUAUAUUUUCUCUGUUUUAUAUGAAUUGGGCAAUAUCCCUCACAGCUGACCAGAAGGUUGGGCAU